UACUCACUACUCAGUUCUCGGUGGAGUUUUGUCCAAGCCGCAAGUCGGUCCGGCGGCGGUGGCGAUCGUUUUUGUCGCUUCUUUCGCGCGCCUUCGAUAAUCGAGCAGUUCACGCGCAGAAUGCAAAAUACGAGCGUCGGUGUCUGUGGUUCCGCUGCAGUUUGUCGUGUCAAUUAGGAUGUGAGCCGUUCCGAGCCAAAGCAGCAGCGAGUCGUGCGAGCCUCGCUGCGUUACGUAUACGAGACGAAAGAGUACAUGGGAUCGCGAUGAAUGGAAGGGAUAGGAAACGUUCGCUGCUGCAACUGCACACUCUCACAGGUACGAGCGCUCGGAGCUCGUUGCAGCUGGCGUAGAAAGGCGUGCAGCGCGGCAAGUAUAAGCUGACAACGUGCCUGUAUGCAACUCGUGUAUAGGCAGAAUUAAAAGGCGAAGUCGAGCCUAUACGCGGAUGCUGCUGCUGCGAGUCCAGCGCGUGUGAGCGAGCUCGUGCAAAAUAUUCAAAGGCCACAGGCUUCGCUGAAAAGAAGUGUACGCUCGAGUGCAGUCGACUGCUCAACCUUGACAUUUAUAGAGCACGUGCGCCGCGGCGCUGCCUGUAUACAUGUACGUUGCACUCAGCUCGCUCUGACGCGUGCGGCCGACCUAUCGGACAUGUGCCUCGUCGCAGUACUCGCAUACACGUACACAGGCGGACGGCCCGACGAUCGAUUUUCCGAGCGCAGCUAUUUCAAACUUUCGCGGCUGGAUCUCGCACGGCCGCAAUAAAUAAGCGUCUUUGGAGAUCGCGCGACCGAUAGACGUGAGCCGACAGAAUGCAGCUGCCGGAGCCUAAUUGCGACGACGAGCCGAUGCUCGUGACGACCGUCGUCAUCAAGCGAAAAAGAUGCUGGCUUCGCUUUCAUCGCGGCUACCUCAUUUGGGAGACCAUGAAAGCUCCGAUCGCGAGAUGGACAUUACCGCUGACGGAUGUCUUAACAGCGACGUACGGCAAUGAAGCCGCUACGUCAUUGCCGCUCGCCGAAGCGUGCAAGGAAAUGCAACCAGCCGAGCAAGUCGUGCCGGCAACUUCGACGACUUUUGUGCUGCAUUACGCCGCGAGAGAUACGAAAAAUAAAUGGCGUCGCCACGAGGUCGUUAUGAGCCACGACGAUCCCAGACAAGUCGCCUCAUGGGUCAAGACCAUUCGCAAUUAUCUAGCCAAGCAUACGAAUCGACCACGGAAAAUUCUUUUCUUCGUUAAUCCUUUUGGGGGUAAGAGAAAAGGUUUUAAAAUCUGGGAAAAAACCGUUCAACCCCUGAUGAAUCUUGUUGGAAUCGAAUUCAAAGUCAUAGUCACACAGCGCCCGGGUCAUAUCGAGGAAGUUCUCAUGAACUGUGAACUCGACAGUUAUCAGGCCGCAGUGUGCAUCGGCGGCGACGGGACAUUCGCCGCGCUAUUCAACGGGCUGAUUCUGCGGACGGCUCGCGAUCGACGAAUCGACCUGAACGACCCGGCGGUCGAGCUGCCGAAGCCACGACUGGCCGUGGGCGUCAUACCGGGCGGGAGCACCGACACCCUGGCCUACAGUCUGCACGGCAGCACCGACGUCGAGACGGCCUGCAUACACGUGAUCUUCGGCGACUGCAGCGGCCUCGACGUCUCCUCGGUCCACAGCGAGAAGCAACUGCUGCGCGUCUACGCCAGCAUACUGAGCUACGGCUACUUGGGCGACGUGCUCAGGGACAGCGAGAAAUUCCGCUGGAUGGGACCGCAGCGCUACGAUUAUUCCGGCUUCAAAAAAAUCAUUGCCAACAAGGGCUACGAGGGCGAGAUCGCUUUGCUAUCCGAGACCGACCACCCGUCAACUUGCACGAAAUGCACAAAUAAUUGCAAUCGUUGCAUCGAAAAAUCACGCACCGAAGACUCCCAAGACAAAGUUUCCAGCUGGCUGACAGUGAGGGGUAAAUUUUUCAUGGUCAACGGAGCCAACGUGUCGUGCGCCUGCUCAAAGAGUCCCAUGGGCUUCAGUCCUCAUUGCCACAUCGGCGACGGCUGCGUCGACGUCAUUCUCGUCCGUCACACGUCUCUUCUGAACAACAUUCGCAUGUUGUGGCGGCUCAGCAGCAAAGACAAGACUCUGUACGAUUUACCCUUUGUCGAAGUCUACCGGGCUCGAGAAUUCGUAUUUCGAGCCUCGGAUUCGUUGAACUUGGAAUCGACGGCGUCAACCGACUGUAUCGUCGGCACAGAGUCCAGCGUCGCCAGAACAGCUGUGAGCGUCUGGAAUUGCGACGGCGAAGUGAUCGACGCACCGAGUGUCAAAAUCAAAGUACACUGCCAACUGUUGAAGGUAUUGUCUCGAAGAAUGCAAGUGCCGCCAACGGACAGUCCUAGCUGUUUUUGCUUUAGACUUUGAUAUCCGUUGCGUCGGCUAAUCGCACGAAUAUUUCCUCGGUGCGGUUACAACACUACGCCGACAAAAGAAUUUUGAAUUCUGAUUUUCUCUUUUUUAUUUGAAAAAAAAAUUGAAAGUUGAUGUUAUUUAACUACUUCUUGACUUAAUUAGUAUUGCUUUUUUUAAAUUAAUCAAUUGUUGGCCUGGAAAAAGUAUUUGUAAAUAUAAGGUAUGUUUUUUUCUAGGAAAUUCAAUUCUAUAAUUUAAACAUUAUGUACUUACAAGGAGACCCACCAACUCCGGGUCAUGGAUUUGCUCCAAAAUUUUUUUGGGGUCUCCUGGUGCCCAAUAAUGAAGCUCUGUGUGUUUACUUUAAUCUCAUGGGCCUUAAGCCGAUUAAAAGAUUUUCCAAGUAAAAAAAAAACCCCGUUGUUAUUUUCUUUAUAGAUUUUAAAGCACUUAAACCAAAAAAUGCAAAGAACAAAAGAAUCUUAAAAUUGUUCUAGGAUUCUGUCUGAAUUUUUGAAACCGUCUAUCACCUGUUUUCAGAGGUAUCUGAAGCCCCUAAAAAAAUGUCAAAUCGAAGUCUCUGAACCUAGGUGAUAGACGGUUUUAAAAAUUCUGAAAAAAUUCAGACAGAUUCCUUGAACAAUUUUAAGAUUUUUUUGUUAUAUGCAUUUUUUUGUUUGAGUGCUUCUAAAUCGAUAUAGAAAAUAACAACGAUUUUUUUAUAAUGUGCCCCAAGCGCCCCAUGAGCUUAAACUAAACACAGAGAGCUUCAUUAUUGGGCACCAGGAGACCCCAAAAAAAAUUUUGGAUUUAAUCCAUGAC